ACACACACACACACACACACAUCAGGGGUGCUCGAUGACCACGAGGUCCUCAUCCUCGACAUCGCUCUCAACAAUGACCACAUCCACAAGGUGGCUAUCCUCGUCGCCCUCCUCCCCCUCCCUAUCCGAGGGGAAGGUGGUGGAGGGAACAGUCAUUGUCGAGACCCGGGGAUCGGCGGAACUCCCGACACUCGGCGACGGACAAUGCCCGGUGGUGGUGGUGCUGGUGGUGGUAGUAGCGGCCGUGGCGGCCGCCCCCCCACGUAGCCACCUCACAAGAAAGGUGUCGGGAAAUUGCCGGAUCCCAUCCUCGCUGUUGAUGGCUGGGGCAUGGGCCGGGAGCCGAUCGCUCGCGGCCACGGCACCAUGAUCAGGCUGCAGAGUACCCACAGCCGGGGGGCGUGCGGCAGGGCGGAAUCGCCCGGCCGAAGCACGCCCCUGCUCGCUGGAGUCCAGCGCCUCGAUCACCUCCCAAAGCCGGCUCUCCAGAUGGAACGAUUCGUCCGUCCCCGGGCCAUCGUCGUUCACAGAGCCCACAUGCUCCCCGGCGGUUGGGACAAAGUGCCAGUCCCCGGGACGGUCAGUAGCCAGGUAGGCUGGCGGAACAGCAUCAUCGGCAGACGCCUGCUGUGGUGCCACCGAGUCGUGUCCCCCCAAGGGCAGCGAGGCAGCGCCAAUGCGCCCGACGUGGCCACUCGAACGGCCAACACUCCGGGGCCCGGUGAAAAGGUUGUCCCGGUCCCCGGCGAAAUCCUCCUGGCUGGCGGUAGCUGUGGAGGCGGUGGAGUCGGCCUGGUCAUCGACGAGGACAACGACCUGGCUGUUGCGCCGAGUGGUGGCCGGUGCGCCGGAAAGCGGGUGGAUGGUCAGGUUCUCGCGCGAGGAGGAGGGCGACGUGCGACUUGACCAAUCCGAGCGCGGGGCAGUCGGAAUGGACACCCAGGCCAUGUGGGUGUCCAUCAGCUCCAGCAGCUCGGACUCCAAUUGAUGAUUGGCCGAUGGCGAAGAGGGAGAAGCGGAGGUGACACUGGCCGGUGAGGAGGGCGACCGGAGGGGCAACACCAGGGUCACGGACAUCCCGGUCGGGGGGGGCUGGAAGGCCGCACGCGCUUCGCCACUGCCCGCAGGCGGAGGGAUGGCCGCCAGCAGGGCUGCCAGAUGGAUAUCAUCCCCGGAUCCCGCAUACAAAAGACGAUCACCGAGAGACCGAUGGCCGGUUGCCGGCGAGGGGGGAUGACCGCCGGGCGCGACACCAGGCGGCGGUGAUGCCGGCGCAAAGAACCCGGCACCCUCGGUGUGCAGAGCAGCACCCUGAGGAGGGCCAUCGGACCGGCCCGACUCGUCCUCGGAGGAAGUGGAACCCGAGUCGGCUCCGCCGCCGAUCCAGAAGGGACGGAGCUCGGCAAGGCGAGCCUCCAAUCCUCGCGGGUGCAAGUCCCCCCAGGGGGCGCCGAGGAUCUCGGUGGCUGGAGGAGUCGGGGCAGAGCCGCCGACAUCCGGCGACAGGCCGCUGGUCCCGGAAGUGGGAGAGAUCAAGGCCAUCAGCGAGUCGGACGAGAGGAACUCCGGGGUCGGGGCCGCACGAGCGGCAACAUGCGGGAAUGCGGCCAUCAGGUCGCCCUCGCCUCCGGUGGAAAGUAGCCCAUUCAGCGGAGGGAAGGCGACCGAGGCAGAACCCGGAGGAGCAACGGCCGGUGCUGCCAUCCAGGUUGGCCGCGCGGUGAUGGAUGCCAGCUGCUGGUGUAGCAGCAGAUCAGCCAGCUUGGCGGCCGCGGGUGACCAGGCCGAUGACACCGGACUGCGCGGGCUACUCCCUGGCGCCGGCCACAAACACCGGAGGCACGGGCCGCCGACGAGGGCAGGCGCCUGCCCCUCCGAGGGAGAUCCAUCGCCAGAAGACGCCUCAAGGCGUGGCGAACGCGACCCCAGCUCGGGUGGCUGGCUUGGUGCCAGCUCGCACAUGCAUGUCACGUCCAGCGGGGCCGGGGCCGGAGCACGGCGCCGUCCCGGGAGACCGGUGUCCUGGUCGACGGUGGUCGACAUCUCCUGGCGAGCCAUGCGCUGAUACUCGCCAAGUGACAGCAUGUAGCGCACCAUGCGCUCGUAGUGGCCGGCACCGCCGGCCUGGGUUCCGCGCGAGGUUUGCCCAUCAGGGCCAAUCUCGGGGACAUCCUCAUCGCGAUACGCCGAGGAGAAGGACACCCGCCGGUGGGAGCCGCGCUCGAGGGCGGGCCUGGUCGGCCGAACGGCUGGACGCGUCUCCGGGGCCACCUUAGACAGUGAGGCCAUGCUGCCGGUGAAUCGGCGCCGGCGCUCAGGGACCUCGGUUUGGACGCCGAUCUCGCGACUACCGUCGGCCUUUGAUGACAUGGACGACGUGGCGGGGAUGCGCAAAGCGCCUGGAAGGACUUCGGCCCGGACCGGUGGCUCCUCGCCAUCGAUGGUGCACGCGAGCCACUCGAGAGCCGAGGACGCGAUUUUGGCCGGGCCCCGAAGAAGCUGCUCAGCACGCUCACUCAGGCUGCGAAUCCCAUCAUCAAGGUGCCGUGGCGAAAGGAAGGUUGCCGCUGUGUGGAGAAGAUCCUCCUGCUCCAGGAACGAGCGUGCCGGUGAGGCACUGGGAUUGAUGUGGGCACUGGCGGCGGCACGGGCCGCCUCGGUCGGGCAGGCCUCGCCAGGAGGGAAAAGAGCUCGCGCGGCCAGGGGCAAAAGCCCGGAAGCUGGAGUGGCCUCACUCCGCGAGUCGGAGAUGGCACUCUCCACUGCACGAUACAUGGACGAGGCAAAGUCCGACACGCGGCUGAUCACCACCGGGUCCAGACCGGGGAGCAGGGCAUCACGGAUCGGGAGGGGGGUCGGGGCGGCCGGCUCACUGGCUGAAGAUGGGACGAAGUCGCCCAUGGACUGGACACUCGGUUGGGCGGGGCACUCGGCAAUCAGCUCGGUGGCAGGGGGCUCAGUGACAGCUGGCUGGGCGACAACAGGCUCGGCGGUGGCGGGCUCGGCGGUGGCGGGCUCGGCGGUGGCGGGCUCGGGGGUGGCGGGCUCGGGGGUGGCGGGCUCUGCAGUAGUCUGCCUGGGGAGGAGGGCACCAGAUGGAUGCAUCGGAGCCGGCUCCUCUGAGGCGCGGCCCUCCUCCGGCAGGUCGAUCUCCCCCUCGAAGCGCAGGGCAUCCAGGAUUUGGGGCAUCUCAAUAACGACACUGGUCAGGCUGAAAGGCUCGGGAGGAGGACAGGAGGAUGCCUCCUCGGGGACAUCCUCCACCGGGGUCAUGCGCGGGAGAAGAUGCUGGUCCUCGGCCACCGAGAAAUCGAUGGUCUCGCGCUCAUCAAUGUAGCUCUGGGCCCGAGGGAAGUAUCCGGGCAGACGAUGGCCCUGAAGCAAGUGGGAUGGGUCCGACACGCGGACCGCCGCCGGGGCUGGAGGAAGGCGAACCGAGGACACGAGGGCGGGAACGGUAGCCAGUGGACUAUGACCAGUCACACUUGCCAGGUCCAUGCCAGGGGAAAUUGGCGCCAUCUGGGAUUGAUCCAUGUGCAGGCUCGAUGGAGUGGCGAAGUGCCCAGCGGCGGAUGCCAAAUCGAAGGACCGGAUCUCCGGGAAGCUGACGCUGAAGGGCUGGUAUCCGGAUUGGUUGGAGGUACUGGCAAACAUGCAGGACGCCGUGGUCGGGGAAGAGCCACAUAGGAGAGUCAGGUCAGUCCCCGGCAUGGAAACCUCGUAAUACAUCAUCGACACGGAAAUGGGAGGCUGCGACUGUGACUGCGGCUGCGGCUGCGGC